AUGGCAGCAACUCGGCUGGAAGGCUUAACCGCGGUGGUCACAGGGUCCUCCUCGGGCAUCGGCCGUGGCAUCGCACUAGCAUUGGCAGCAGCUGGUGCUCGCCUUGUUGUCUGCGCCGAUCUGAAAGAGGGACAUGUCGCGCUAUCGACUUCGGCAGCUACUGUCAAGACAUCAUUAUCGCACGGCGCCGAAAUGGUGUCGCGGGCCUUGGUGACUUCCAAGGACAACAACGACGAAAGUGUCGAUACACCAACGCAUGAGCUUAUUCAUGCUCGAUAUGGAAAAGAACGCGCUAUUUUCGUUCGCUGUGAUAUUAGUCGCGAGAAGAGCGAUGCCGCCGAUGGAAUUUUCUCGAUUGAAAAUGCCAUCCAAGAAGCCGUUUCGAGGACUGGAAGAUUGGACGUGUCCGUAUCUGUUUCCGUUUUAUUUCGUGCUACUUCUGCUAAUCAGAUUCAAAGACUUGUCAAUAAUGCCGGAGCAGGGAUUUUGGAUAUCCCCCUCCAUGAAAUGACCGCUGCGCAAUGGAACCAAUGCUUUGGUGUGGAUUCAGCAGGCACAUUCAUCGCCACCAAAUUCGCCGUGACUCAAUUCCUCCAACAAGACGAAGACGAGUACGGAUUCCGUGGAAAUAUCAUCAAUGUCUCGAGUAUUGCAGGCUCUGCCGGAUUACCGGGAUGCUCUGCAUACUGCGCCGCUAAGUCGGCGAUUAUCGGGUUUACUCGCUCGGUUGCUAUCGAGUAUGCAGAGAGGAGAAUUCGAUGCAACGCAAUCAAACCAGGGUAUAUUAUGACACCCUUGCUCCACAAAAUCAUCGAGACCACGGACGAUGUGACCUGGCUUGAGAAGGCGUCGCCAUUCAAUCGUCUUGGUCAGCCAAAGGAUAUUGGACAAGCAGCGGUGUGGCUGGCGAGUGGCAGGGAAAGCGGCUAUGUGACUGGAAUCGACCUGUCUGUCGAUGGCGGGUUCCUUGCUCGAUAA